AUGCCGCCACCUAUGCCAUCUAUUGCAGAGGUUGCGGAUUCGUCGACAGCUACGACUCAAGGGGCCAGUCAUCAACCCCCUCAGCCUACAAUCAACGACCCUCCCAGGCUUGAAGCGUACACAUCCCGGCCGAUAACAGCACAGGAUAUGCAACUCACCACCCCGCCUGCAAAUUCAGUACCUAGCUCAGAUAUCAACGCUGCAUCCAGUAACCCAGGAAUGUCGUUCAAGGAAUUUGCGAAGUCUUGGCUGAUUAAGCCGGAAUUGAAAACAAGAGUCGCAAUUUUGUUAGUUUGGUCUGUGGUGUUUAUUGUCGUCCUAUCCAUUUACCUUGGUCUCUUCAUGGGGAACAAGUUAACUGCCCCUCCUUUGCAGAUCGCCCUGAUAUUAAUCACUCUCAUGGCUGCAUUUUUCUUCUUCCACUCACUUAUCAGAGUAUGCCUGGCCGUUGCCCGCCCGUUCUCUUAUCCAGACGAGGAGCAACCACAGGCAGCUUAUGUUAACCCAAUGUUCGGAGGUAUGACAGCGGGGCCGGGUCCAUGGGGGUAUGCACAGCCGGAAAGACCUAUCCAAGUUUACGCCAUGCCUGGCCAAGGCGGUGCAUCCAUAGACGACGAUGGAGCACCAAAGGAGUUGCCUCCUCCUCCGCCUGCAUAUGGCACCUGGAGGCAAACCGUCAGAGUAAACCCUGCGCAGUUUUAUUGGGUCCGGCGGAGCCAGGCAGAGGGUGUUUACUCGCAAGGAAAUAAUGAACCCCCAUCAAAUAGAACGUCGAUUGGGAGCACAGGGACACGCCCGCCGUCCUAUGCAUCUGGGCACAUGUCGCAACAGGGGUUCUCGAUGAGCAUGCGUCUGUCGCGGCCUCUCGCAGACCAACCUAUUUUGAUCCCCCAGCUCACAGUCACUUCGCCAAUCCAGCUAUCUUACUCGCCAGUCUCUCCAGAUGUACAGUUGUCACAACCAGGAGACAACCCCCGAUCAACGGCAACUCCACUCACGGCCCGUUUACCACUGCGCUAA